UUCGACUUAUCCGCCAUCUUUAUUAUUAUUAUUAUUAUUAUUAUUGUUAUGAUCAUGAGUCUGGUGCAUGACGUGCUGUCAGAUGCUACAGUGACAGUGUUGGCUUAUGGAUGAGAUCUGACAACAGCACAUACCUCACAAAGAGGCGCUCAGGGCGUGUUGUAACUCUAUAUGCUGUAAAGGAAAUCUGACGCAAAAUGUUGCACAGGAAAAUUAGGGAUUAUUAAUAUCUAGGGUCAUGUUGGAAUUAAACACCAAAAUGGAUUAAGUAAAAGAAAGCCAGUGCACGCUCCAGCUGCAGCCUCUUCCUCCUGUGGGUCGCUUGUGUCUCUACAUUAUUGAUUCCCAGAGGCUGCUGCUGCUGGCCAAUAGGCUUCAGAGACAGUUUUUUCAAAGGGAUGGGAGCAGAUGAAGUGAUGAGAUUCGUGUAACUUUUGGAUGACCCCUUCUUGACAAAGACAGUGUCCAUCAAUUGUCCUCAGUCAUUAUUCGCUGCUUUUAUGCCAUGGGGCUUUUUGUAUCUUUUGUUGGUUUCUCUGUUGAACACCGUGCCUCCACGUUAGAGCUUAGAAACUGAUAUAUUUGUAUAUCUGCGUGCAUAAAUCGACUCUAAAUGCAGCCAGGGUUUCAUGUUUCUUUUUAAAUAUAUGAUUUUAAAGUUAAAUAUUGGGGUACAUUCUGAAUUAUGUGUGUUUUUCUUAUUUUCCCAGCAUGCUUUUUUAUUAUCCAAAAUGCGCACGCAGAUGUUUCAUUGCAAUAUUUGUUUUUCCGCCACCGGGGUGUAAUUUUGGUGUAUCUUAAGUUAGAUAAAAUUGCUUUUAGUUGUAUGUUUACCCGUUUAUGGACCAGCAUCACCUCUAUUGGCCGAUCUGGUCACAUGGUUCGCUAACUUUAUUCAGUUGACACCAAGUAGGAGGGCUUUAUGGAGGGAGGAAAAAAAGACAACUCGAGAAAAAUUAGUAUUUUCUACCUUCAGAAAUUAAUGGCCAUGAGUUCGUAUAUGGUGAACUCUAAGUAUGUGGAUCCCAAAUUUCCUCCCUGCGAGGAAUAUUCACAAAAUAACUAUAUACCUGAGCAGGGCUCGGACUACUACAGUCCAUCGCAGGACACAGACUUUCAGCAUCCAGGGAUCUACCCACGGCCAAACUACACGGAGCAGCCCUUCAGCUGCAACACUGUGCAGGACUCCACAGUGCAGCCACGGGGUCAUGUGCACGAGAGAUCCAGCCACUCGAGUCCUUUUAGCGCACAGACUGAGCAGGGGCCCCCGGUCCAAGUGGCCGGACCCCGGACUUGUGGACAGCAGCAAAACACAAAGAGCCAAAAUGGGAUACAGUCCAAGCAGCCUGCAGUAGUUUACCCCUGGAUGAAGAAAGUCCACGUAACUACUGUGAACCCGGAUUACACAGGAUCUGAGCCCAAACGGUCCAGAACAGCUUACACCCGGCAGCAGGUUUUGGAGCUUGAAAAGGAGUUUCAUUUUAACAGGUAUCUGACCAGGCGGCGACGGAUUGAGAUUGCCCACACUCUUUGUCUCUCCGAAAGGCAGAUCAAAAUCUGGUUUCAGAACAGACGGAUGAAAUGGAAGAAAGAUCACAAACUCCCCAACACCAAGGGCAGAUCUGCACCAACCUCCAGCCAUCUGCAGAGCAUGCAGAAGGAUAACCAGACUGAUAUCACGUCAUUAUAAGAGAGGAGGAAGGUGUCACGCACCUUUUUUUUUUUUUUUUUAGAAAUAAACUGUACAUAAAAAAGACAAAAGGGUGCAUCUGACUUCUGCAUGGACUGAUGUUGUUUUUAGCCUUUUAUUUUUUAUUUAACAAAAAAGACCCCAGCAGUGUUGACUCGAGACUGAGUCAGAAAAUCAAUCAGCCUUUAUAAGUCAGAUGUUUGAAAGUUCUUCCUUGUUUUAUUUCCUCAAAGAGACAAAAACAUCGAAACUUUUCUUUUUCUUUCCUUUAUUUUUUCCCUUUGGACGUUUACCCACCUGAGGACAUUUAAUGAGCAACCUCGGCUGAUUUCAUGGAUUUAAACAAAAGUGUUGCAGCUCUUCUCACGUGGAUUCACGCUGGUUUAAAGAUUGAAAUGUCUUUAUUCAGAGCAGGAGAGCCCUUGGUUCAAAUUCUACACACACACACACACAAAGGAUAUUUCAGUUUUUCCUGCUAUUGAAACCUCACAUUAAACGCACAACAUAUAUAUAUAUAUAUAUAUAUAAAUAUACUUGAAGGAACCAUUAUUUGCAUUUAGAGCACGCCAAACACACUUUCGUUAAGUUGCAAAAACCCCGGUGAAUCUCUCAGCUCCAGGUUUCUUUGUGACUCGUAUGUUUUAAUUUAUUUUGUACAAUAAAGCUUUGAAAUUUUCUUAGCCUAAAUAUUAUUCCCAAAAGCAAGACAUUCCUGUGUGCAUACUAUUCUGAGUGCCCUUAUAAAUCUCUCCUGACAUCUUUGUAAACAGUGUACAUUUUCAGAGGCUCUCUCGUGCCAUUUGGAAAUCUUAUAUGAAAGAUCAUUUGUUCCUGCAUGGCAUCGAAAAUGAAUAUUGGAUGUUUCUCAUCGGAAAUAAUCAAAUCCAGAAUAUUUAGGAGUAUAAUUGUUUAUUUUUCUUGAUAUGAUUUUUUUACGUCAUUAUUUAUUUGUUUAAAAAGUGUAAAUUUUCGUAUAGCACACAUACAGUUUUAAUUAAUUCGUUAAACUUUAAUUAAUCUAAAAAAAAUAUGUUUGAACUCUUGUGGAUCAUUAGCAUGGCUUUAUGCAGAAGUUUUAGUCUUUAGUUCAUGUGGGAAUCUUCUAGUUUUUCAUUGACACAACCGAGGGGGGGCUUUCACGUCACGUCUCAAGACAGAUAUUUCUUGUUUUAUACCGUCAUUGUCCUCGGACAACAAACAAAAAAAGCCCAGAAGCUCUCCCAGUACGAAGAAGGUCUUCUCUGUGAAGUCUUCACCACGAGACGAUUGAAAAGGUAUUUCAACCGAAGGUCGACAAAAGCAGCAGUGGCAGGUUCAUCCAGGGGACACAUUUCAGCCGCAAGGACUGACCCCAGCACCCCUGACCCGCCGGACAAGCAGCAUUUUCUCUCCCAGGCGCUCUUCGCUUUGGUUUGGAGGCUUUUUUUGUCCACACUUAAAAAACCAAAGCAUUCAAAGCAAGAGUCAGUGCGUCAAUCUCCAUAGUUUCUACACGUGUUUUAACAGUAUUUUUUCAGCCCCCAAAAAGCUUCUGGUUUGUGCAUUUGUCUCAUGUCAAUAUGCAAUCUUUUUGGUUUUAUUUUUGUACAUGCUUUUUACCUUGUAUUGUGUAUUGAGAUGCGAGAAGUAUAUUGGAAAAUAAAGAUUUCUACUGAUUAUGCAUUUAAA